CCGGAAAUGCAGCCUUACAUCCGGUUUAAACUUGACGCAGCCGCCGGUUGUGUUUCUGUCCUGAUGGAUGAACGAUGCUUCGACACAAACAAUCAUCUCGGUAACAAAACAUCGUCCUGAGGUUAUCAGAGCAGCUGCUGGUACCUGCGCAGCAUCAUGUUGGCCAGGAAGGGCCUCCUGCCGGACGGCUUCCUGCUGACCCGUCUGGCCGAGGACCAGAACCAGCCCAACCGGAGCCGGAGCCGCUCGCAGAGAGCUCGCUUCAUCACCAAGACGGGAUCCUGCAACGUGGCCCACAAGAACAUCAGGGAGCAGGGUCGCUUCCUGCAGGACGUCUUCACCACCAUGGUGGACCUGAAGUGGCAGCACUCCCUCCUCAUCUUCACCUCGGCCUUCCUCUGCUCCUGGAUGCUCUUCGCUAUGAUCUGGUGGCUGGUGGCCUUCGCUCACGGAGAUCUGGAGCCUCGAGACCCCAGCGGAGGGCCGGGCCCCGUCCCCUGUGUCACCGCCAUCCACUCCUUCACCUCGGCCUUCCUCUUCUCCAUCGAGGUCCAGGUGACCAUCGGGUUCGGCGGCCGGAUGGUGACGGAGGAGUGUCCUCUGGCCAUCACGGUGCUGAUCAUCCAGAACAUCCUGGGUCUGAUCAUCAACGCCGUCAUGCUCGGCUGCGUCUUCAUGAAAACAGCUCAGGCCAACCGCAGAGCCGAGACGCUCAUCUUCUCCAGAAACGCCGUCAUCGCGCCCAGAAACGGCCGGCCCACCUUCAUGUUCAGAGUCGGAGACCUGAGGAAGAGUAUGAUCAUUUCUGCCACCGUCCAGCUGCAGGUGAUCCGGCGGACGGUGACGGCGGAGGGCGAGGUCAUCCCGGUGUGUCAGCUGGACAUCCAGGUGGAGAAUCCUCUGAGGAGCAACGGCAUCUUCCUGGUGUCUCCUCUGAUCAUCAGCCACACCAUGGAGAGAGGAAGUCCUCUGUACGAGCUGUCGGCCCAGUCGCUGGCCUCCGACGACCUGGAGAUCAUCGUCAUCCUGGAAGGUGUGGUGGAGACCACAGGCAUCACCAUGCAGGCCCGGACCUCCUACACCCCCGAGGAGAUCCUGUGGGGGCGGCGCUUCGUCUCCAUCAUCACCGAGGAGGACGGCCGCUACUGCGUCGACUACUCCAAGUUCGGGAACACCGUCCCGGUCCGGAUGUCGUCGCUCAGCGCUAAGGAGCUGGACCAGACCAGGGGCGUCCAGGAGGGCAGCUCCGACGCCACGCUGCAGGGCUGGGGGCUGGUCCGGGCCGGCAGGGGGGGCUUCCGGAGAGGAGGACGGGCCUGCGACAGCUCCGCCCCCCAGCCCUGGUAUGCCCAAUCAGAGAAGCCGGAGAAGCAGGCGGAGCAGAAGGGCCAGAAGAAGACGGUGCAGCUGGAGGUGAUUGGACGGCAGGUGGAGGACGGACUCGGAGACGUCAGCGACUGAACGGACUCACUGCAGGGUCUGUGCUGACACUGGUGCUGCACAACGACCUCCCACAAUGCAACGCUCAAGACAUGAAGGAGCUCAGAAGUGGAAAACGUCACCAUGAACACCACAGAAAACAAAAAACUGCAAGACUGGAAAAACACUGUAUGAUUUCCACUCAUAUUUAUAGACAACAUACUGAUCAUCAUUAUGUACGGUUCCAGCAGGUAGAUAGACAACUGCAAAGAUGCACAAAAUGACCACAAAGUAACACAAAACUGCUACAAAUAGACACAAAGCCAACACAAAGAAACAAAACAUCCACUGAGAGAAGCAAAACUGCAUCAAGGAGACACAAAACAACCACAAAGAGACAAACAAAAUCUUCUCAAAGAGUCACAUAAUAACUACGAACAGAUACAAAUAAUGACAGAGAUAAAAAAAACAACCACAAAGAGACAUAAAACUGCCACAAACAAACUUAAAACAACUACAGAGUCAUAAAACUACCACAAAGAGACAAAAAAAAAAUCACCAAAAGACACAAAACUGCAGCAAAGAAACACAAAGCCACCACAAAGAAACAAAACAUCCACUAAGAGACACAAAACUGCCAUAAACAGAUGCAAAAUAAGUACAAAGACACAAAAAAAUCUUCUCAGAGUCACAUAAUAGCUACAAACAGAUACAAAUAACGACAAAGAUUAAAAAAGCAAACACAAAGUGUCACAGUGUAAGUAAUUUUAGAGAACCCCAGAGAGACCAAACAGAACAGCGGGAAGCAGGUUUAACUGAAUUUAUUACAGAAUAAUUUUACAAUCGCCAGACACUCACUGGCCAGAUAGAGGAGGACAGGGUCAGGCUCCAUAAAAGCACGUUGGCCGGUCGGUGCAGUCCUGGCAGGAGGGAAGGGUCCACGCCAUGGCUUCAGCUAGGGCGGCAGGGGUCCAGUCCUUCACAAGGACGACAGGGGAAGGUGCAGGUUGCUGUGGCGGCUGGUGGGCUAAACGGGGCUGAGGGUCUCCAACCUUGUCCUGACACUGUGCAGUACCAUCUGCCGUCCCCUGCCGUGUGAAGCUGGUCUUCAUAGCAGCCCAUGGAAAUGCGCUACAGGUGUGGGGCUCCCGCAGCUGUGACCAAUCACCUGAUCAGCAGCUGCAGAGAGCCCCACAGACCGGCAACACACCUGCAGGGGAACAGCAACCGACAGAGGGGCGGGGCUUAGCCCAGCCUGGGACACAAAGACACGUAAAACUGCCACAAAGAUACACAAAACAUCUACAGUCAGUCAUAAAACUACCACAAAGAGACAAAAAAAAUCACCCAAAAGAGACACAAAACUGCAGCAAAGAAACACAAAACUGCCACAAAGAAAUGCAAAACAACCACAACAACAACUACACAAGAAGUCUUCUCAGAGACACACAACAAUCAAAAACAGGCACAAAACAACCACAAAGAGACAAAAUAUCACCACAAAGAGAAACAAAGCAACACAAAGAGACACAAACCUGCAGCAAAGAAACACAAAACAACAACAAAGAGACAAAAAAUCUUCUGUCACAUAAUAACCACAAACAGAUACAAAUAACAACAGAGAUUAGAAAAAACAACCACAAAUAGACACAAAACAAAAAGAGACAGAAAACAACCACAAAGAGACACAAAACAAUCAAAAAGAGACAGAAAACAACCACCAAGAGACACAAAACAAUCAAAAAGAGACAGAAAACAACCACCAAGAGACACAAAACAAUCAAAAAGAGACAGAAAACAACCACCAAGAGACAAAAAAAAUCACCACAGAGAUGCAAAGCAGCCACACGAGACACAAGUAACGACAGACUAACAACUACAAACAGAUGCAAAACUGCCACAAAAAACACAAAACUGCCAAAAAGAGACAAAAAAUUAUUCAAGGAGACAAAACAACCACAAAACAGCCAAGAAGAGACACAAAACAACCACAAACAGACACAAAACUGCAGUAAAGAGACACAAAGCAACCACAAAGAGACACAAAACUGCAGUAAACAGACACAAAACAUCCACAAAGAGACACAAAACUGCCACAAAAAACAUAAAAUUGCCACAAGGAGAUAUAAAUAAAUUUAAAAAACAACCCCACGGAGACAAAAAAAUAAUUUGAGACAACCACAAAAACCCACAAAAAACUAUUUGUUUCUGCCUCUGCAUUCUCACCGUUUUACUUAUUGUUUUGUUUUCCAGCUUGAACACAGACUCACACCAGCCUAAUUUUAAUGUGUAAUCAGUGUUGACUUGUUGUUGUUGUUGUUGUGUUUCUGUUCCUCCUGGUACCUUUAGUCUUAUUUUAUCAUUGAUUAUUAUACUGUAGAUAAAUAAGGACAAUACUGAGACUGUAGCGCAUUAGAUAAUCCAGCUGUAGUUCCUGGGUUGGAAAUAAUGUCUUUUAGUCUAUCAGGAGGUUUAAUAAACAUGUUUUUGUGUA